AUGAUGCAGUUCGUUACAAUGCGAAUCCAGCGCUGGCACUGGAUACUGACUUUGUAUGCUCUGUUUAGUCUUGUGGCAGCAUUUGGUGCUACCUUUGGACUCCAGCAAGAAAAGAGAUUUCUGAAAGGUUUUGAUCAAGAUAUAUCGUAUCACGACUACGACGGUGACGCUACCGGCUUAGAUCGGUACAGUGAUAACAGUAACAGCACUGGAAUACUCGACUCUAAUCACAUUUAUGAAUGGACACCAAUAUCUACAAACAUAUCUGCUGGCCAACGAGACGUAUUUACCUUCUCGGUAGAAUCUCUUUCUUCCAGUCCGAAAAAGCUCUCUACAUUUGAAGUCAUGAUCUUUCUAAGUGGCAACAUUUGUAAUCAACCCACUGAUACAACUGACAAGUUACUUCGAGUUACGUACUCCUUCGAUGAAAUUAUUUUGUCAAAUUCAUCAAUGGGAGAAUGCGCCUAUUUUACUAACGGCUAUAUGCAAGCAUUAGCCACAUGUCCCUUAAAGGAUAUCAGUAACGGAUCUGUUGCUGCAUAUCCCUAUCUUUAUGUUGUUGUUGAAGCUGUCAAUGUGACAACGAAUGAAAUAUUGCCAUUAGGUGCAGAAGCCUUAAACGAUGUUUGGCACUAUGAAAUGACUGUCUCUGAAAACGACUUAGUUUACCAAUGGGAUAGCAGGCAAUCGUUAGAUAUUUUGGAUACUGAUCAUAAUUCGGCGUUAGUUGCUACUGAUCGUGGCCUUUCCAUUCUUUCGUAUUUAAAUGGUGUGAAAGAAGAUACUGUAAAUAAUAGCGUUCCAAUCGAUUCUUCACUUUAUGAUAUUUAUCUGUAUUCUGAAGAAGAGGCUUCAAAAAUUGAAGAUUCCUUGAAGCUUUCCCUAUGUGCAGUAACCAGCGGUUCAUAUUUGGCAACUUCAGCCAAUAAAAAUUAUACAGGUGACCGAGACUAUAGAACUUCUUUGGACAAUCUUGAUUUGGAAAUUAUUAAAAGUCCUGCCAAUCGCACAUGGCAUUAUCAGGAACAGUUUUACAUUACAGGAUUAAACAGCUCAUCAAGUUACACAGUCUAUCUAACGAAAAAAAUAGGAAGAGCUGGAAAUCUAUCUCAGGUUGGCGGUGUUUUAUUUUCAAAGAGCACUUUUUCUACAAGAAACUCUAACGAUUGUUCAUUAAUAUUCGGUCUGGAUUUUUGCUCCGGUGUGGCAUAUUCGGUUCCUAAUUCAGCCUCGCAACCUAACAACAAAACUUUCUUGGCUGAACAAUUUGAUAACUUGGCAAAAUCAUCGUAUGUGGGCUUCAGUAAGGCUCUACAGAAUAUUCCGUGUAAUAUAGAACUUGAUGCUAAGUAUUCGCCACUAAGAACGUGUGAUGAUUGCGCACACUCAUAUAAAAACUGGUUGUGUGCUGUGACAAUACCGAGGUGUAGCGCUGAAGCAUCAGAUAUUUACAAACGAAGGGACAAAGACAAGAAUAGAAGUCAUUUCUUGAGUGAGUCCUUUAGGGCAAGCGCUGACUAUUACGAGAUAUUGCCAUGUGUCGAGAUGUGUUAUAGUCUCGUGCGAGAUUGCCCAAGUGAAUUUCAAUUUAGUUGCCCAGAUUCACUUGUGCAUAAAGAUUUAUUUCACAUGAGUUACAAUUUCUUUGAUCCAUACUCUAACAUCAUGACGUGCAACUUUAUUGGUAAUGAUACAGACAUUUUUAUAAGUUUAUUUAAUGCUCAAAAAGAUGAGGGGUAG